AUGCCAGCCGACUUGGUAUUCAAAACCGUCUACUGUCUGGAGACCCUUCAACAAGUGACUGUUGUCAAGUAUCCCAGUGGAGAUUUCGAGAACUAUUCGUUCAACGCAAUUCAGAAGAGAUUCUUCCCAGUGAAAUGUCAGGAUUGUAUUGCCACUCAAAUGGACAGUGACCUAACACCCCGGCAAGCCGCCUGGUGUCCCCACAAUCAGCAAAAUAUCCUUUUCGCCUACAACCAUGUUUUGAAACAAGUUCUUCAGUAUCAUUUUAUGCAUGAAACUAAUAGUUUCUGCGAGAUCCGUUGUCUGGAUUGCAAACUGGAUGAGGAUGACAAUGAAAAUAGGAACAUAAUCAUGGCGUGCUCGCCAAGCUCCAAGAAGCCGUUUCUAAUUCGGAUGAACAGUGAAGGACGUGUGCAGAAGAUGCAGUGGGAUAUCAACAAGGAAACCUAUGUUAUAAUUGCUGCGUCGGAGAUCAACGCGUUGACCACAAGACCAGCUGUUGUUGAGAAAGAAGUCCAAAAACCACUUGGCUUCCAAAAUCUCUUUACCAGUCUUUCUUUAGAAGACUCCCCGCUAAUGGAAUCCGAUCUGAUCCCACUACACCGUGAACUCCAUGAAGCACUGCCAAAUGCGAUGAUCAUUCUUGCCAAACACAAAGACACCGGAGAAUACGGAUCAUACGUCUUCCAUCGAUUUUCUCAUGAAUUCUUGGAAGUCGUUCUUCCGGGUAUCGAUGUUUUCAAGCCCGCCAUUUGCCCAUUUAACCCAUUGCCCCGUUGCAUUGGAUUGGUCAUGAGCACCAAGACGCAGGAAGGAAUCAAUCUACAGCAUACCUAUGGUGUUCCUGGAAUUCAGAAGUACAUUUAUCGUCGUGUGGAGAAGGCGUUUGAGUUGAUGGAAGAUGCUCCAGUCAUUCAGAAAGUGUCCCAACUUGACAAGUUGUUGAAGGACGCUAUAGAAAGCCGUAUUAAUGAAUGGGAUCGGCGAUUCAUCGAAAAAAUCAGACCAUUCAUGAAGAUUCAGGAUGGAGAAGAGAAGGAAGAGAGAUGUUCUGAAAGUUCUGGAGAUGAGUCUGAAAUCCGCGAACUUCCGAGCGAAUCCGUCAUGAAAUCAAAAGGCGACAAAAAGAAGUCCAAAACACCGGAAGUGCAAUAUCUCCCAUGCGAAUUCUUCAUUUCAAACCAACCAUCGGCACCUGCUGAGCCCAAGCCUGCUGAGCAAUCCAAGGCACCUGACACCGAAAAAGCUUCAGAGGAAGAGGAUUCCUUUGAGAUCGUAUCCGCCGCAGAGCUCCCGAAAGAGUAA